AUAAAAGGAGAAGAUCCUCUCAGGCGGCGGCGAUGUACCCAACUGGAUUCCACCGAAUACAAGAUCGAAACCAUGAUGAUGGAAGGCAGCGAUCAGGCGCUACCCCCACCAUCGUUGCCGCCGCCGACCGCCAUCUCGUUGGUCCUCAAUGACCGCGACCUCCUCGGCGAGAUCCUCCUCCGCCUCGCCUUCCCCGCCUAUCUCGUCCGCGCCGCCCUCGCCUGCAAGCUCUUGCUCCGCGUCGCCUCCGACCCCGCCUUCCUCCGCAGCUUCCGCGACCGCGAACCGCCGCGCCUCCUCGGCUUCUACGCCAACACCUUCGGAUUGGUCACGCUGGGCCUGGCCCCGGAGUUCUGGCCGGUACGUCACCCCCCGGAGCUCGCCUCCGCUGUCCGCCGCGCUGCCUCCGUCUUCGACGACUUCUUCGGUCUCAGCCGCGUUACCGACUGCCGGGAUAGCCGCCUCCUCGCCGGCUUUUCCGACAACGACGACGCGUAACGACAGGCAUUGGUCAGCCCGCUGCAGGGAGACAAGGCCUCCUCCCGCCACCCCCGCUGGCUCCCUUGGAGCGCCCCGUCUUGUGCCGUUCCCGCAAGAUUCUGCCUGAGCACUGCAGCGACGGUCUGCAGGGUUUGGAUCUGGUAGUGGCGCAUAAGCACGGGGAAGCUCAUAGAACCGUGCAGGUGAAUGAGUUCCGAAACGGUGUUUGGGGUGUCCGUGCGUCGGUGACAACAGAGCUCCUUCAAUCAUCAUUAUUCCUGAAAGUUCUGCUCGUCGGCGACAAGUUCUAUAUGACCACCUGGGAAAACAUUCUUGUGUUGGAUUUGGCGUCCUCAAGUUUCUGUGUCAUCGACUUCCCGGAACAAAUUUGACUGCAACUUCCAUGGAUGCCGGCUGUCGAAUGCAGAUGAUUCUGGAGUCUAUCUAAUCAAUGUGAUUGGGGAUGAGCAGCUUCGCAUCUGGCUCCACAGGACGGUCAGCGGCAGCGCAGGCAAUUGGCUCUUAGUGGAUACCAUCUGUGUUCGUAAGAUAUUUGCUAAUAUUGGAAAGCAUGU